AUGGGUAUCUUUCGCAAGCUGGGCCUCGCGCUCGCUCUUCCUUUACUCUUCUUUGGCUUCCGGGCAGCAUAUAACCAAUACAUGCUUGUCUCGUUAACCUACGUUAUCGAUCCACUGGCAGUCGACGACAUGAUCUUCGACUCGGAGCUCUACACGACUUUAUUCAAUCAUACGAAGUGGGCCACUGUAGACACUUUCGCUGUUGGAGUUGGUAUGCCCUUCCAAGCAGUUCCAAGGGAAUUAUGGGAUGAGGAGAAGUUCGGAGCUGAAGUGAUGAAGCUGUUGUGGGAUCAAAGACUUACCACGCAAUUCAACAGAAAACCAGUAAACAAGCUACCCCAGAUGGGAGAUGGUAGCAUUAAUGAGGCAUUUGCCGCUCAAGUUGUGAGCGUAGGGGAGAAAGAUAUGUCUGUUGCGCUUACCAGCCGGCCUCAGAAGAACCAGCUGCCGCUAGGCUUUGAACAUAUCAUGGUCACAUUCGACCGUGAUAACAAAGUCGCGGUGGCCAUGAUUAGAUACAUCUGGCACACUAGGACAGAAACGCCACCAAGCUGGCGCAAGUCCCUCGCGCGCUGGACACAGAUGAACGGACGUCGGCAAUGGUUGUUGCACACGGCGAACGCGAUUGCAGAACAGAAGAGGAGCAAGCCGGUGAAGCUGGAGCUGUAG